AUGAGGACUCAGGUGCUGCUCAUCUCGUUGGUCGUCCUCGCCGUCGUCGCGGCGCUGCCCCUCGCACAGGGCCAAGGGGCGAGCCCGUGGCCGUGCUGCGACAAGUGCGGCGUGUGCACCAAGUCCAUCCCGCCGCAGUGCAGGUGCCAGGACGUGUCGCCGACUGGGUGCAACUCGGCUUGCAAGAGCUGCGUCAGGUCCACCGCCGGCUUCCAAUGCGCGGACAGCAUCACCAACUUCUGCGAGCGCCGCUGCACGCCGGCCGCGUGAUUGCACGGCGGAUCAUGUCCUAUUGUCGCUUGCCUGAAUAAUGCCGAUUAGCUUGUGCCUUUACUUUUG